CAUGCGCGCUAAUGGGCGCGGAGGCGGCCGCGUCUCGGUCCCCGGGCAGCCGGUACACGGCGGAGCAGCUUCGGGAUCUCCAGCUUCCCGGCAGUACAGAGCUCGUCGGCUCCUCCUAGGGGCCCUGGCCCUCCAGAAGUGCCAGCAUUUUAUUUUUCGCGUUGUUCCCCUUUCCAGCCAAAGCGAGGUUUCCGUUUCCAACAGGGAACCUAUCUUAGGGUGGAGGCGCGACCAGUGGACCUAGCUGUGGAGGGGAAAGGAGCUGGAGAACCGCUCUUCCGUCCCUGGCGUCGCGCACAGCGCGCUUAUGCAGCAACAAGAGGAGGUGUGACUAAAGACCCUCGAAGACCAGGAAAAGAGGCGAGUAAUAUGUGGCACGAUCUAAACAACAUUCCUUCCGUGCUCUAGGGAGGAGCCUCAGGUCCAGCCCCAGCCGGAGGUCACGGCCGCGCACUCACCGUGGUGCCCACUGGCGCCCACCGGCCUCCUUCGCUCGCCUAGCAGCCCAGCUCUAAGUAACCUUUUCCGCUCCCAAGCCGUUGCUAAGGCCGCCGUAGCCGACCUUCCUCCGCAGGCGUGUCGCUACUGAUUGACAGUCACUUUACCCAGUGGUCAGAAAAGAAGGUCCUAAGGCCCGCCCUCCCCUCGCUAUUGACCAAUAGCUUGAUGCUUUGCCUUUCCCAACUACCAUUUAGCGGAACUUUCCUUCUGGUUUCCUAGCAACCAGGCCCAGCCGCGGGCCCGCGCGGCCCCUUUCGCAUUUGCGCAAAUUGCGUGCGGGGACGAGGGGUGUUUGCGGCCUCGCGCUAGGGUGUCCCUGUGACUCCCAGACCCUGUCUGACGGUGGGAAGCCGCCUGGGGAGCCCGCCGAGGGGCUGGAGAACAGAGCGAGCUGCCCCCAGGUCCCCAUGGAGUAGAGUUGGAUAUCUUCGAGAUCAGUGGCUUUGCAAGAUGGUUCUUCGAAACUGGUUUCCAGCAUCGCCUUCUCCUGGAGACCGUGCCUGCGGCUUGCUGGAUCCCGCAGCCCCCCGCCCGGUGGAAUGAAGGGUCCUCUCCCAGCACACACACCUUCACCGCCACCCGGUGGAGUGUAAGGGAAGCUGCACAAUUCAGAAACUCCACAGAGUCCCCAACUGUGCCUCACUGCUCCUCAUCGGCAUUCCCGACCGUGACCCGCCCUCUGUAACGUCCCAGGUGUUCAUUUCAUUUGCAGGCGAUGGCUCGCCGGGGGGGAAACAGGAGGAGGCACCUGGGACUCCAGCAGCUCGCCUCCGUUGCACGCACGGGGAGGACUCUCCUGGGCCCAGUGAAGUUGCCCAAGUUCGUUGUGGACGCAGAGGGUCGCGAGAGUGUGUUGGUCAGCUCCACAGUCAGGCUGCUGGAAAGGCUGGACCUGCCCCACGCGGUGGGGCAGCUCCUCGGGGAGGCCGUUCGAGCGCAGAAUGACGCGCACGGGACUGGGGCCAGCACCCUCCUGUCUCUGGCCGGGGCGUGGAGCAGCGCGGCUGCCGAGUGCCUUCACCUGGGGGUGCCCGUGCCGGCCAUCGCGUCGGGAAUGUCCGAGGGCCUGGCCGCCUGCAUGGAGGAGGUGGUCGCCCUUCAGGUCCCCCUCCACACUGUCUGCGACCGGACAGACGGCGCACAGAUGGCUUCUGGACCCGGACCAUCGGGUGUUGCAGUGGGACCCUUCCAGCAGACCCCUUCAGAGGCCGAUUUGAUGCCAAAGGAGCGUGGUCUCCACGAUGCUGCCUCUCGGUCGUGGACUAUUUCCAGUUUUUCUGGGUCACCCGUUAAAUCAGCUACACUUUUCGGACCUCGGGCUGCGGGUGGAACAGAUGCCGACAGGUCGCAAACUCCUCAGACUCUGAGAACAAGCCUGCCCGCAGCCCCACACUACGGCAAGCCCGUGCUGACCCACAGCAGGCACUGCGGUCGGGCCGAGGGUGCCCACGGGCAGGCGAGCAGACCAGGUCGCGUCUCAGAGCAACGUGCCGGGGCUCCCUACGCCCACGGGUGCAAAGACCUGGUCGACCUGGCAGCGGGUCUGAGCCACGGCGACGCCAGCAGCAUGACAUUGGCGGAGGCGGCCUUGCGGCUGCAGCGCCAGCAGGCGAGCGUGCGCGGGGGUGGCCGGGCGGUGCCGCUCACGUUUGACGUCUCCAGAGUCCUCACGUGCCGUUUACCAGGUUUACCGGAGGCUGCUUCCUGUGUCUGCGCGGGCUUCGUCACCGCUGCCUCGGCAGCUGGGACCCCAGUGCCCGAGGACGUGCAUGACCGGCCUCUGCGCGUGGUCCUCAUCGAGGGGGACCUCACAGAGAACUACCGCCACCUGGGGUUUAACAAGCCCGCGCGGGUGCAGGUGGCCUCGGACAGCGCGGAGGCGCUCCACCCGGACGGCGCGGAGGAGGCGUGGGUGGGCCGCGUGUUGCAGGUGUUGGCGCGGCUCCGCGUGCGCCUGGUCCUGGUGCAGGGAAGCGUGUCGGAGCGGCUCCUCGGAAGGUGCGCCCGCAGUGAGCGGCUGGUGAUUGCGGGGGUGGAUGGCAGGGUGCUACAGGCCUUCGCGGAGGCGUCGGGGGCCGUGCUGGUGGCCUAUGUCUCCCAGGUGAAUGAGGACGCCGUGGGCAGUGGGGUCUGCGUGGCCUUCUGGAGCGGCCCUCCCGGGGGCGCUGGCGACGGGGUUGGCAGACGGGCGAUCAUGUUGAAGGCAGAAGGGGUGAAUUUGGUCACGGCGGUGCUCGCUGGCCCGGGGGCUGCCCAGGUACAAACCCAGGAAGACAGGUUCUGGGCCUGUGCCCACCGUCUGCACUGCGCCCUGAAAGAGCGAACGGUCUUCCUGGGAGGGGGUGCCGUGGAGUUUUUGUGUCUCGGCCACCUCCAGGUUCUCGCGGAGCAGCCUGUGACCGAAGGAGACCACGUCCAUUCGGGGGGCCUGCCGACGGCUGCCUCCUGCCCGGCGCUCCACAGACCAACGGUGCUUCGCGGCCUGGCGAGCGGGUGGCGCGAGUACCUGUCGGCCCUGGCGCGGAACGCUGCCGGUCACUCUUCAGAAUUCGAAGCUGGGGCCUUCAUUCAGCAGCACGUGCAGAGCGCAGCGGCCUCCGGCUCCCCUGCGUCCUACGUCCUGAACGAAUACAGUAAACUGAGCAGUGGGAUUUUUAACCCAGGCCCUUCCCGGAACCGGGAAGACGGUCCCCGGGUGUACGACACCGUGACACCGAAGGUGGAGGCCUGGCGCCGAGCCCUGGACCUCGUGCUGCUGGUGCUGCAGACGGACAGCGAGAUCGUCACUGGGCCAGGCCGCGCGCAGGUGCGGUCGCAGGAGGCGGAGGGCUUUCUGUUUUUGUAGCGCUAUCCGCCAAGUCUUCGGGAAAGGGUUUUCGUAGUGUGGCCUGCUGAUAACGAGUCUCCUAGUGGCCUAGUCGCCGUGCCUCACGUGCCAGCUGCUGCAGAGAAGAAAGUGAUCAAUGCCUGUCAGUUACUGUACGAGGACCUGGGCGUGGGGACGUCACCGCUUUCACAGUGUGCAGGGCCCAGCGGAGCAUUCCUUCCCUGUCAGGUCCUGCAGCACAGCAGGAGCCUGGUCAGGGACCCGGGGAAGACCGGGCAGGUCCUCGUGCAUGGUGGCCCCAGGAGGUGUGCCGUGUGCCCAGGGCCAUCCCAGCAGCCUCCCCCAACAGUGCGCUCUCGCCCGACUGACACCCAUGGUGGCCAGACUUGGCGUCGGUGAGUGCGCCAGCGACGGCGGCUCGGACCAGGCCGCCAGCCAGGGAGUUCCGUCCAUGCCAGGUCCCUGCUGUCUUUCCGCAUUAGCGGAGGCCGCCCACACCAACAGCAGGAGGAAGCCAGUGCGCAGUGCCGGCCUCAACCCCGUCCUCCACGGUCGGGAACUUAGUCGGCUGUACUUUCCAAGGACCCUUCGGUCUCUUUGUUGGAAUGUAGUCUGAGAGCAGUUGUGCACUAGGAUCCCUGACGGGCGUUGGGACAGACCUGCUGAUCUUGGGUGUCGUUGACACAAAGCUCCAGGACAGCAGCCGCUGUCCCGGGUGGAGACAGCGCCCCUUUUCCCUCCUUCCAGCUAUGGCCCCAGCAGGCUCGGCCCCUGCUACAGGACUUGCUGUGAAACCUGAUUUGAGCACCUUUACAUGGGUUUGAUUAAGUCACGGGUAGUGCCACCAACCAGCUGCAGCCUCUGUUGUCCCACGUGGCGAAACCCGAGGGGACACAGACGUGUGACGGGAUGCAACUCGGUUGUCCUCGUGCUGGGGUGAAAGACGUGGAUUUCGGUUCCACGUUUGUCCUAAACGUGAUCACAUGACCUCCUUCCCCAGGUCCUCACCCCAGUUACGAAUGCCGUCUUUGUUCAGAGUUAACAACAGUAGUGUCAAGUGUUGAGCAGUGUUUGAAAAUAAAGUAUAUUCCUUUACUAGAGUAGAUACGGACACUUUUACUCUCCUGUAUGCUGUUACCACUUAGUUUUUGUUAAAAUACUGCACGGUCGUGUGUGCUUCUGACAUUAACGUAGAUCGUUGGUCUCCUCACUUCGUAUGGUAGGUUCUAUUUUCUGUGAAGUCGGAAUUUGCAUUAUUCAGUGAAAUCUCGCACCUUUGACCCAGGAGCGUUGGUACAAUGCAGAUGUUGUGAAUCCUGACUCAGCUCACGCGAGCGCCCACUUCCUCUCACGGCCGAGUCACAAACGCAGAUGCGACACUCGCAUCCGGUUCAGGCAGCAGGUCCGUGAGUUCGGUCCACACACGGUCACUCCCCUGAGACAGGCAACCCUCUGUCGUCCCUGAGGCAGGUGACCCUCUGUCGUCCUUGCAGGUGUCUGUAGGCUUUCGAAGCUGUGGUUGUGAAAAGCCUCCAUUUGGUGACCACCAGGCACGCGGCCCCGAGAGACCCUGGGCCACUCUGACCCCAGGGCCCCCCACCCCCCAAACUAAAUAGAGCUGGAAACUGCCCCCGAACGCACAUGAGUAAUUAAUGGCUUUGAAAGGGGGCAGCGGGCGGUGAUGCUGAGACUUGUAACCAAGUAGCAUUCUACUUGAGUGGCACCCCCGCGACAGUGAAACACUUUCCAGUGACCCACUGUCUCUGUUACCCCAUGAAAUAAGUUCUCACCUGUGGCGCCUUGGCAGUGUGUCUCUGUGGCGCUUUUCGACAGCAAAGGUGUUUCUUUAGACGAGGGGCUGUGCCCGCCCCCAGCUGACUCCCCGGCGAGGGAGUCCCCGUCUGGGUGGCCGCAGGCCUUGGCCCGAGCAUCUGCAGGGGCCUCCCUCCCCGGACCCCAGACCAGUCUGGAUAAGCCCUCACUUUGCAUCUGACAAUGUCACCGACCAACCUUAUUUCAUGUUCUGGCACCUUCUUCUAAACACUUUUAAUUCCGUAUCUCCACCCGGCCAGGCCCCAAUCUUUUUCACUUUUUUCUCUUUAACUGUGGAGGCCUCUUCCUCUCACCCUAUUCACACCUCCGUCCUGGGGUUUUGCACAUGCACAGAAACGCCCGCCCAUCUUUUACUGCUUCUUGUUGCUCUCCCAUGUGCGUGGACACAGGAACGUUCUCUGCCGUCCGUGGUCGGGGUCACACCAACCACGCUGCCGUGGAGCCUGCGUCCGUCGGGCGAUGCGUGAGGAAACCGCCCCAGAGUCUCGAAUAGAGUUCAGUAAGGCAUCUCUGGAAGCAGCACAUCCUUCCAGCACACGCACCCGCCGCGGGCUACUUCGCCCGCCUGGCAGGCGCCGGGUUCGUGCCGGGUCCGUGCCGGGGUGGGCGCUGCCACCCACGGGCUGCAGCCCACGAGCCUG